GAUYUUUCAAGKYUCCGAUAUGUGUCCCCCCCAAUGAUAAACUUGUUCCUACGCCCUUGAACCUCACGUUUCAUUAAUUUGUAAACUAGACUUUAGACAUGAAUUUGUAGACUAAAAGCUCUCGGGGCAUGGUGCAAUCUCCUUUCUGUGCUGUUUAGAAAACCGGUGGGAUCUUCUUAUCUGCAUCCAUCAGGAUGGUUCAGAUUAAAAUGUUCUUGUGAGAGCAGUGUUUCCCAAUUAUAGUCCCUGGGGAUCACUGCCCUAGGUGUUUUCCUUGCACCAUACACAAGUUGAUGAUUUCAAGGCUUUUGCAAUACUUGAUAGCAUGCAGAGGAUGUAAUCGUUUGAGUUGAGUGUUCUGGAAAAGAUGCAUCUAAAAUAUGCAUCUUUUUAAAACUGUCUUCCACAUUUCACCCCUACCAAUGAACAUGAUUCAGAAUCGGAAUUGACCAGGAACAUCAAAAUCAGAGCACCACCAGAACAUUUUAUACAUAGCUAUGAACGUUUUUUUUUUUUUUUUUUUAAAAAGCCACCAAACUGACCAAAAUAAUUUGGAAAUUCCUAUUUUGAAAUGAUAAAAAUAGCAGAAAUCCUGUGCGAAGCUGUUCUAUAACCAGCCACACCCUUUUCAACUGUUUCAACGCUGACUCCGCCCCCCACGUUAAGCCCCGCCCACCGAUCCUCCGCGUCCCACUAAAGCGAUUUCAGCUCCUGAAGGGAUUCUUCCCCACGUUCACGGAUGGCAACAUGGCGACAGAGUUCCAUAACCUGCAGGAGUUGAGGCACAGCGCAUCUCUCGCCAACAAGGUGUUCAUCCAGAGGGACUACAGCGAAGGGACCACAUGCAAGUUUCAGACCAAGUUCCCGUCUGAGCUGGAGAGCAGGGUUGAACUGACUCUGUUUGAGGAGACUGUGAAGACGCUGAACAACUUCUAUGCAGAAGCAGAAAAGAUCGGAGGCCAGUCUUACCUGGAGGGCUGUCUGGCAUGUGCCACGGCUUAUCUCAUCUUCCUCUGCAUGGAGACUCGCUACGAGAAGGUGUUGAAGAAGAUAGCAAAGUACAUUCAAGAGCAGAACGAGAAGAUCUACGCUCCCAGAGGUCUGCUCAUYACUGAUCCCAUCGAAAGGGGAAUGCGUGUUAUUGAGAUAUCCAUCUACGAAGACCGAGGUUCCAGCGGCUCCAGCUCCAGCAGCAGUUCGGUGUCUGGCAGCACCGCUCGAUGACUGGGCGCAGAGCUGUCCCUGCAGGAAAACUUAGGACAAUAACAGCACUCACGUUCCAACAGCCUUCAUUCACAUCCCGUUCUUUUACAUUCAUACUGAGCACUUGCCAGCCUCCAUGAAAAUGUUUGUGACCUUGACCUGUCAUCACACAGUCAUUCCACAGUAGUCAAAACAYGCACUUUAGCCAUCUCAAAGAUGCAAACACGUACCGAUGCACCUCAGACAGGMCUCACCUCUCAAUGUAACAGUAAGAAAUCAAGAUAAAGUAAGUCUCCCGACAAGGUACAUAUGUUGUUUUUUUUGCAGCACUUGACAUGACACCAAUGCAGUUYGCUGGCUAAAGAAAACCAAAUUUAUUCUUAAUUGCUUUUAUCUGUUGUAGCAUUGGAACCAACUUGGGGAGGGGGGAAUCCCUAUUGGUUUUCAGAGAUGAUACUGUACCUUUAACAUUAGACGAAAUGUGACYACGUUUGCUCAAUGGGACCGUUCGUUUACCUUCCUGUUUCUUUAAGAACCAUCYUUUAUGAUCUACGAAUGGAUCUGUUGUCUACUUAUACAGCUACAAUUCCUCCGUCUUUUCUUUCUGCCCUCAAAACAAAACAAAAAGAAAGAAAGAGGURCCAAGCCAAGUAAAACCAUACGCUUCACUAAACCUUUAUACCUCAACUAACAUCCAGAAGGUACACAACAAAGCCCAGAUCCCUCACCGAUUAGAUGGCUUUUCUGAACUCAUUCAAAUCAACUCUUCACACGAGGAAAGGUUUUUUUUUAACGUCAGGUUUUCUGUUAUUCAACCUGAAGACGGCUGUAUUCAGUGUGACGCCACGCUAAAGUUCACUUGCCAAAAGCUCAGUUGACCAGGGUCGAGCAUUUCUUCCUGUUUUACCUCUGAUGUUUUCCACACUGCCUGAAAGCAGAUGAAUGUCAACCCACUCUAGUAUAUAAUGUAGCAUAUCUUCUGUACUUUUCACUCUUACGCCUGCAUUUCCUUCACUGGACAUGGAGACGCCUGCAAAAAUAUGAGAACUACCCUGUUCUGUUUUAGCGAGAGAGGCAGACUCUUCCUAGGUUUAGAUUAUGCAAGGGCUCACUAUGUGAGUUAUGUCUGGAUGUAAGGAGAGAACGAACGAAGAAACGUCUUCCUAAAUCUUACUUUGUCAUUUUAAAAAUACGCCUGCCCUUCCUUGACUCAAACUUCCAAAGAACCGUAACUGCCAAAAAAAAAAAAGAAAAGAAAAAAAGAGGCUCAUAAAGGUGAAUGUCGCUUUUAUUUUCAUGAUGUUUUCAGAAAGUACACGUUUUCAUACUGCUUGUUUACUACAUGUGGCAUAAAGGUCAAACCAAAAGGUGUCAAAUAAACUGUUUCAUCACA